AUGUCCACAAACCAUUACCUUGUCACAGAAGGAGAUCAGGAGCUGGUGGGAAGUAAUCCUCCACAAAGAAACUGGAAAGGAAUUGCAAUUGCAUUACUUGUUAUUCUGGUUAUCUGCUCCCUGAUUGUCACCUCUGUUAUACUCCUGACACCAGUGGAAGAUAACAGCCUGUCUCAAAAGAAAAAGAUAACCGUGGAAGAUCUGUUCAGUGCUGAUUUCAAAAUUCAUGACCCAGAGGCUAAAUGGAUAAGUGAUAAAGAAUUCAUUUAUAGAAAUCAGAACGGCACCGUAAUUCUGCGGAACGUUGAAACAAACAAUUCAACGGUAUUAAUAGAAAACAGAAAAAUUGUUUCCUUAAAAGCUAUUCGGUAUGAAGUGUCACCUGACCGGGAGUAUGCACUUUUUGCAUUUAACAUUGAACCGGUGUAUCAGCAUUCGUAUACGGCAUAUUAUGUCCUCAGCAAAAUACCUUUUGGGGAUCCCCAGAGUCUGUAUCCCCCUGAGGUUAGCAACGCCAAACUGCAGUAUGCUGGAUGGGGUCCAAAAGGGCAACAACUGAUAUUUAUCUUUGAGAAUAACAUCUAUUACUGUGCCCAUGUGGGAAAACAAGCUAUACGAGUGGUCUCCACUGGAAAGGAAAAUGUUAUUUUCAAUGGGCUCAGCGACUGGCUGUAUGAAGAGGAGAUCUUGAAGACCUAUAUUGCACAUUGGUGGUCUCCUGAUGGCACCAGGUUAGCAUACGCAACAAUAAAUGCCUCCAGAGUCCCCACCAUGGAGAUUCCUGUAUACACUGGCAGUCUUUAUCCUACUGUUAAAACAUAUCAUUAUCCAAAGGCUGGAAUGGAAAACCCAACUAUUUCUUUACACGUGAUUGGUUUGAAUGGACCUACACACGAUCUGGAAAUGACUCCCCCUGAUGAUCAAAGAAUGAGGGACUACUACAUAACCAUGGUGAAAUGGGCAACGAGUACCAAAGUGGCAGUAAACUGGUUAAACAGGGCACAGAACGUCUCUAUCUUGACCCUCUGUGAUGCCACCACUGGAGUCUGUACAAAGAAACAUGAAGAUGAAAGUGAAGGCUGGCUGCACAGACAGAAUGAAGAGCCAAUCUUUUCGAAGGAUGGUCGGAAGUUUUUCUUUGUCCGAGCCAUUCCUCAGGGUGGACGAGGAAAGUUUUACCAUAUUGCUAUGUCCUCAUCACAGCCCAACAGCAGCAGUGAUAACUUACAGUCUAUUACAUCUGGUGAUUGGGACGUAACAAAGAUUUUGGCGUACGAUGAAAAGAGGCAUAAAAUUUACUUCCUCAGCACAGAAGAUUUACCCAGGAGGCGGCAUUUAUACAGUGCAAGCACAAAUGGAAACUUCAACAGGCAGUGUCUGUCAUGUGAUCUGAUUGAAAAUUGUACUUACUUCAGCGCCUCAUUCAGUCACAACCUGGACUACUUCUUACUGACCUGUGAAGGUCCAAGAGUUCCCAUAGUGACUGUUCACAACACAACAGAUACAGAAAAAAUCUUUGAGCUGGAGGUGAAUGAAAAUGUGCAGUUGGCUGUAAGUGAUAGGCAAAUGCCUAAAGUAGAGUACAUGGAAAUCAAGAUAGAUGAUUACAGACUGCCAUUGCAAAUCUUAAAACCGGCAACCUUUGCAGACACUGUGCACUACCCUUUGCUACUGGUUGUGGAUGGAACGCCCGGUAGCCAGAGCGUGACAGAAAAAUUUGAAGUGAAUUGGGAAAGCGUGCUGGUCAGCUCCCACAACGCAAUAGUCAUGAAGUUUGAUGGCCGUGGAAGUGGAUUUCAAGGGACUAAGUUGUUACACGAAGUUAGAAGAAGACUGGGCAUUUUAGAAGAGAAGGAUCAGUUGGAAGCUGUCCGGACAAUGUCAAAGGAACAUUAUAUUGAUAAAAUGCGAGUGGGUGUAUUUGGGAAGGAUUACGGUGGCUAUCUGAGCACUUACAUCCUUCCAGCUGGUGAAGAGAACCAAGUGUUCGCAUGUGGAGCUGCUCUUUCCCCACUGACAGAUUUCAAAUUAUAUGCUUCUGCCUUUUCUGAAAGGUACCUGGGGUUACACGGGAUCGAUAACAGAGCAUAUGAGAUCACCAAAUUAGCACACAGAGUCUCAUUACUGAAAGAGCAAAAGUUUUUGAUCAUUCAUGCUACGGCUGACGAAAAAAUCCAUUUCCAGCAUACUGCGGACCUUAUUGCACACCUAAUUAGAGUAAAGGCUAAUUACAGCUUGCAGAUAUACCCCGAUGAAAGCCAUUAUUUUACGAGUGCGGCACUUGAGCAACACUUGUACAGGUCGGUUGUCAACUUCUUUGUGGAAUGCUUCCAAGUUCAGGACAAGGUCCCGAUAGUCACGCUGAAAGAAGACGAGGAGGAGGAUUAGCCCUUCUGGUCCGUGCCAAGCACAAGGCUCUUCUCUAUAACAAUAUGCAAGUGAAUCCAUUUUCCUGGAGAAAGAAGUGUUAUGUCGUUAGCAUGUAUUUAAACAAAACUGAAAGCAGCCCGCCUGCUUUACAGGACAGCAACUCCUUCCUGAAUGGAAGAACAUUAAGCAUGACGAACUCAGCAGAACCUGCUGUCAGAAGGAACCCAUCAUAAAUGACAUCACCUUUUUUGCCACAAAGUGACUUCUGGAGUAAAAGACUCAAGAAAUGGGACUUGAAGGACCACCCCAAGAAACCGCCUUGAGGAUUAGAAGAUUAGAUGGCCCUUAGCAUUCAAGCAAUCAAGCCGUAGCAAUGAAUUCCACCAUCUGUAUCAUGAUUACCAUAGUCAGCAUCACAUUGCGUCAGA